UUUUUGCAGAAUUUGUAUUCCCUUUUAAUUAUUUAUCUUUCUUAACCGGCAAAAAUUCCCAUCACUCAUUUCUCAGCAACUAAAAUUGGCCCAAAAGUUAUCAAACCACCUCAUUUCUCACUAUCACCUUCCCCCACCACCGCCGCCGCCACCACCACCACUGCUGCCGCCGCCGUCACUGUCGGCGGCGAUUCAUUACCACAUUCUGAAAAUAUAGGCUUACAAUAGUAAAAUAUAUAUUCACCCAUUGUCUUCUUUUAUUUAUUAUUUCUCACAUAACAACAAAGGAAUCCCACCAAUUAUUUCCUUUCCUUUCAUCGCUUCUUCACAUUUCUCCCAAAUCUACACUCACCUAAUCGCAUUAUAAUGAAACGAAGCAAUAUAAGCAGAGCCUUGUUUUCCAUGGAUCUCCCUUUUUCUUGCUCUGCCUUCAUCUUCAGCUGCCUCAUUUCUCUCACCAUCUUCUCCACAGUUGGGUUUGGAGCAACGUUCACAUUCGUGAACAAAUGCGAGUACACCGUAUGGCCCGGUGUGCUGGCGAACGCGGGCAGCCCUAGGCUCGACAGCACCGGAUUCGAGCUCCCACAGGACUCCUCCCGCUCCUUCUCCGCCCCGGCCGGCUGGUCCGGCCGCUUCUGGGGCCGGACCGGCUGCUCCUUCUCCAACUCGGGCCCGGCCUCCUGCCAGACCGGCGACUGCGGCUCGGGCGAGGCCGAGUGCAACGGAUCCGGGGCCGCCCCGCCCGCCACACUGGCGGAGUUCACCCUCGGCGGCGGCGGCGGCGGCGGCCUGGACUUCUACGACGUCAGCCUCGUCGACGGCUACAACCUGCCGAUGAUCGUGGAGGCCAGCGGCGGCACCGGCAUGUGCGCGUCGACCGGCUGCGUGACGGAUCUGAACCGGGUGUGCCCGACGGAGCUCCGGGUGGGCGGCGGCGAGGCGUGCAGGAGCGCGUGCGAGGCCUUCGGCAGCCCCGAGUACUGCUGCAGCGGCGCUUUCAACUCCCCCGCCGCGUGCCGGCCGUCGGUGUACUCGCAGAUGUUCAAGUCGGUGUGCCCGAGAUCCUACAGCUACGCCUACGACGACCCCACCAGCACCUUCACCUGCGCCGCCGCCGAUUAUACCAUCACAUUUUGCCCCUCCAUGCCAAGUCAGAAAUCAUCGAAAGAGCCAACCCCAACAACGACAGCGACAGCAGCUAGUGGAGACGGGUCGCAAUCAGGGUCCGACCCGACAAUGAUGGGCGGGUCCAGUUUGGGAACAACCGGGUCGGAUCCGGGUUCGGUGACCGGGUCAGGGUCUCAGGAGAUGAUGGCUGAUGGAUCCUGGCUGGCCGGUUUAGCCAUGGGCGGUUCAGCUAGGGUUUACUGCUCCUCACCACAUCUGAUUGCUGCUGCAGCCAUUUUCAUCCCUCUCCAUUUUCUUCUCUUAAUUUAGUAGUGAUUUUAGGGUUUUUAGGGUUUGCAGCUUUCUCUCUCUAGGAUUUUGGGCUGCCUUGAAAGGGAUGAAGUUUUGGCUUUGUUAGGUGCUUUUUCUCUAUUUUAUUUUUAAUAUUUUUGGGGGUUUGGUCUUUUCUCUUCUUGAAUUGUGUAUAAUGUUGUGUAGUGGUGGGUUUUUUUUUGGUAGUUCAUUUCUUUCCUAGUA